CCCGCCGUGAGAAGUGCGCGUGGCGCCAAUUCAGUAUUCUUUCUCGCUUACUGCGCCAUUCUUUGCUUAUAUCGCGCCAGACGACGAUUUCUAAAUCCAUGCUUACACAAUAUGGGCUCAGUAUCACCUCGUGCCUCCUUGUGGUCAUCACCAGGAAACCAUAGGAUGUCAACACAGGACGCAUACGAAGAUGAGUUCGACGACAUGGAGUAUCAAAACGAUGCCGAAGGUCUCUUGGAUGAAGUUUGCGAUGAACGAACAAGGUUAGAUAGAACUAUAGACCGUAUUGGAAUGGGCAGUUAUCAAUGGACCUUGUUGUCUUUAUGUGGUUUCGGCUGGCUGGCUGAUAAUAUGUGGAUACAAGCUGUUGCCAUUAUUUUACCUCGGGUGCAGCAACACUACGCUGUUCCAGAUAAUUACAUCGGUGCUGUCUCUUCGUCCAUGUUUGCAGGAAUGAUGAUUGGCGCUUUAGGCUGGGGAACUUGUUCUGAUCUCAUGGGUCGGAGUAUGGCAUUCAAUGCAACUCUGUUCUUCACUUCACUUUUUGGCCUCCUUGCAUCUUUCGCAAAUUCAUUUGGCACACUAUGUUUAAUGCUGUUUCUUUUGGGCAGUGCCGUUGGUGGCUCAAUGCCGACCGAUGGCACCCUGCUUUUGGAACACAUGCCAAAUGGAAAGCAAUACCUUGUUACUGCCUUAUCGGUCUUCUUCUCAUUCGGAGCAGUGUUGUCGGCAGUUGUAGCGUUGCUCGUAGUACCCCAACAUUCCUGCUCCGUGAAUACACCAGCAGCUUGUGACGUUGAAACUCAAAACAAGGGUUGGAAAUAUCUUCUUAUAGCCCUAGGACUUAUCACACUCGCCAUGUUUCUUGGUAGAAUGGUUUUCUUCCGUUUGCAUGAGUCACCCCGAUACCUCGUUCAUGCAGGCCGGCCUCAAGAAGCUCUAGAAUCUCUACAAAUGAUAUCCAAAUUUAAUGGCUCUGAUCUUUCGCUUGCGCUAGAAGAUGUAGAUGACCAGAAACCACAGACUCCUUCAUCUCCUCGCGAUUGCGACAAUUCCGAGCAACAUGGCGAAGAUUCCGUCCCGUUCCUACCCCAUAAAUCACUUGAUGGCGCUGGAGAUGAUGCUGACAGCCAACAUGCAAAUUCCAACGAAGAUCUUCGCAAAACCGGGGACACUAUAUUUGACGCAGGAAUAACACAUUAUUCGUCAACAGGGGAAUCAUCUACACCACUCGGUGCGCAUGUAUUUGCAGCGCCCACCGUUGAAUACGCUCUUCCUCCUUCGCUAACACGGGAGAUAUCAGAUUUAGCCAAUGCCAAAUUUGAUGCAAAUUCCGAGCCCGAUGGUCCUACUCCCACUGUGGAUCAGUCCUCUCAUGUGACCGUAGACGUUGAUUCGGUUCCCCGGCAUCGACCACUGACUCAUGCUCGUAGACGGAGCCACAGGCUUUCGCGGCGUGCCUCCUCAAUAUAUGAGAGAAAAGUUUGCAGGAUGCUCCCACAUUGGUUGCGUCGACCGAUAUGGGCAUGGUGGGACAGAGUGAUGCUGGUUUUAGCCCCAGAAUGGCUAAGUACGACCUUGUUGGUAUGGGCUGCUUGGUGGGCGAUGUCUUUAGCGUAUACUAUGUUCAAUGUGUUCCUCCCAAAAUUACUGGAAACAAGUGGUGGAUCAGGUCAUGACGAUGGCGUUGCCAUAAUACCGAAGACCUUAGAAGAAAGUUUGUGGGACGUUGUUAUAUUUACUUUGGGAGGUUGUCCAGGUGCAAUUCUUGGGGCCUUGAUGGUCGAAUCACCACUAGGUCGUCGAUGGUCUUUGGCUGGUAGCACUUUCGUGACAGCAUUUUUUUGUGUAAUGUUCGUCAUGGCCGAUGCAUCUUGGGCUAUCAGAACGAGUGCGGUUGGAAUCAGUCUCAGUGCUACGACAAUGUGGGCCAUACUAUAUGGCUGGACGCCUGAGAUUUUUGGGACCGAAAUUCGUGGUACAGCGUGCGGCAUCGCGUCAGCAUUGUCACGCAUUGGUGGAAUGAUCGCGCCUGCUCUCGGUGGCGUUUUUAUGAUGAUCCAUCGAUCUGUACCGGUAUAUACAAGUGUAGUGGUCUUUUGCAUAGCAGGAGUCUGUGUACUACUACUGAAAGAGAAUGCGGGAGAUGGGGGGCGUAAAGGAGCAAGGGCUUUUGUGCAUUAGAUCGCAUAUUAUAUAUUGACAAUGCUAGGCAACACUGUCAAAGUUUAGUGAAAGCACAGUUCACACCAUACCUUGCAACCAUAUUUAUCGUAAUAAUGAGUAUGGAUUGGCUGCGCAGAACGUAUCACUUGCUACGUGCGUCCAUACGUUUUGACUUGCCAAGCCUUUUGGAACCUCCCCUACCUCCUCCCCUACCGCCUCCG